UUUCAAUAACACUGUCUUAUAAAUAGUGACAAUUAUUGUAGAUAUGCGUAGUACAGGCGUAAAAGGUUAUAUAGCCGGCAUUUAUAAUAAGAGCAUACAAAACUACUUUAUUUGCUGUAUUUAGAAACUAUACUAAUUUAUUACUUAGUACAGCAACUUUAUAGUAUAGAAAUUAGUUGAAAUUUCUACUACAGAUUAAUUAACAAAGGAAUUUUAAAAGCCAAAAUUGCCACGUAUCAACAGGAAAUUUGUUCUUGAAAAAAAUAAGUUGGAAAAAAGUUAUUAAGAUAAAAUAGAAAUUCAUGGUGUGAGUAGCUGUAGAAGAUAGUAUAUAAAUUUUAUGAAAAAAAAAUUUAUCAAUAUUUUGGUUCGACAAUACAAGAUGGCAAAACCUAUUUUAAUGAGUUUUGAUUUUGAUCAUACAAUCAUUGAUAAAAACAGUGAUAUUGUUAUUCGUGAUUUACUUCCUAAAGAAUGCACAGAGACCGUGAAAAAAUUGUAUAAAUCUUGCGAUAGCUGGACAAUUUUCAUGAGAAAUAUUUUCGAAUUGUUACAUAGCAAUAAAAUAACUCAAAAAGAAAUAAAUGAUGUCAUAAAUUGUAUUCCUUCUGUGCAAGGAUUUGAAGAACUUUUAAAAAAUUUGCAUUCCAAUAAUUGUGAAGUAAUUAUUGUUAGUGAUUCAAACUCUGUAUUUAUAGAGAACUGGUUAAGUUAUAAACAAUUGAAUUAUACUGUUAACGAAAUAUUCACAAAUCCUGCUUGGUUCGAUGACAAGGACUUGUUAAAUAUUGAACCCUACCACGAGCAAAAUUGGUGUACGCUCAGUGAGAAAAAUUUAUGCAAGGGAUUUAUAUUAGAGGAAUACAUUAAAAAACGAAAAGAACAUGGAGUAACUUUUGAAAGAAUUGCAUAUGCUGGAGAUGGCAAAAAUGAUUUAUGUCCGAUGUUAAGAUUAUCUGACAAAGAUUUUGCAUUUCCUAGACAAGACUAUCCAAUUAUAAAAUUAUUGAAUGAACCAGAUACAAAAAAUAAAGUCAAAGCCAAAGUUAUUCCGUGGAAAACUGGUUCAGAUAUUUGGAAUGUACUUCAUCCUAAAAUUAAUCCUUAAGCCUGCAAUUGUUUUCAAGAAUAUUAAAUAUAGUAAAUAAUUAAAAUAAAAUCGA